AUGCCUCCGGGUCCUCCAGGUCUACCAUGGAUUGGUAAUAAACAUCAAAUGCCUGCAGUAAAACCAUGGAGAAAGUUUGCUGAAUGGAACACCCAGUACGGAUCUAUAGUCUCUCUCUUUCUUGGUCGUACGCCAGUCAUAGUGCUCGGGACAGCACAGGCUGCAUGGGACCUCCUUGAAAAACGUUCAGACAUCUACUCUAGUAGACCUCGCUUUGUUGUAGCGGGCGAAAUCCUAUCUGACAAUCAACGAGGUCUUAUGCUACCAUACGGUGAACCGUGGCGAAAAUGGCGCAAAGUUCUACAUUCAGGAUUUCAUGCACGCAGGUCUGAUACGUACAAGGAUAUUCAAUCACUAGAGUCGAAACUAUCAAUGUAUCAAAUAUUGAAUGACCCAAAACAUUGGGAACAGCACUUACAGAGAUAUGCUGCAAGUGUAGUAGUAUCUGUUUCGUACGGUAGACGCGUGGAAAGUAUCGACGAAUGGAUUGUGCAAGAGAACAUAGAGGCCAUGGACUAUCUCACUAGUGUCAAUAUCCCAGGAAAAUAUCUUGUUGAAUCGUGGCCGUGGCUCCUGAAGCUGCCUGUACGCACUCCUUCCAUCGUCAAUAUUAAUGCCCCACUCAUUCUUACGCUUGGUAUUCAGCGCUUCUUGCAGUGGUUUCGCGAAGAGCCCGAGCGGCGCCGACAACGGGACAUAAAGCUUUAUAUGCACCUUCUGGAAGACGUGAAGGCACGCAUGUCUCAAGGGACUAUCCAGGACUGCUUGACGACUCAGACAAUCAACGACAUGCCUAAGAAUGGACUGAGCGAACUGGAGGUCGCGUACGCUGUAUCGUCACCAUUUGGUGCUGGGAUCGAGACGACUGCAGGAACUCUAAGCACAUUCUUCCUUGCCAUGCUUCAUUUUCCCAAUGUGAUGAAAAAGGCACAAGCUGAGCUGGAUGCUGUGGUUGGCGCAGACCGUAUGCCUGACUACGACGACAAAGACAACCUACCAUACAUCAGUGCACUUAUCAACGAGGCACUCAGAUGGCGUCCUGUCGCAGUGUUAGGUGGUACUCCCCACGCCGUAACUCAAGACGAUGAGUAUAACGGAAUGUUCAUCCCCAAAGGGUCCACUGUCUUUGCAAAUAUGGCAGGAAUCAUGCACGAUCCUGUGAUGUUCCCCGAUCCCGAUGACUUCCGUCCGGAGCGCUUCCUCGAGACAACCAAUCCACGCUUACAAACCUUCGAACUGCCCUUCGGUUUCGGACGGCGCAUAUGCCCAGGGAUGCAUCUCUCCCUGAAUUCGCUUUUCAUCAACGUCUCUCGCAUCCUCUGGGCGUUUGACAUCACCCCUAUUGUCGACACGGCAGGUAACAAGGUCGUCCCAGACUCGUGGGCCUAUACAAAUGGCUUCAACUCACGCCCUGUGAGCUUUGAUUGUCAGAUUAUACCAAGGAGUGAGAGGAAGGUUGAGUGUAUCAACAUGGAAUGGGAAGCAGCCAAGGCGCGCAUUGGGGAGUGGCAGCAGUGA